AUUAUUAAUUUGCGGAUCACGCCAUCUUUCACGAUACUCAAUUUUCACUACCGAAUUUUGAAGGAGUGUUCUGAAUUUCUGAAGUGCCUCUUGUGGCAGUGAAUUCUUCUAAAUUGUUUUUCACCGUAACUAACUGCGAGAAGUUUUCUGUUUGUGAGUAUUGCAUCUGUCAAGCGCUCCUAAAUUUGCCUUCGCAGUUUCAGCAUGUCUCAUCGUGAGUGGGAUAUUGAGUGCAAAGUCUACAUCGGAAAUUUGGGAAACAACGCAAACAAAAAUGAGUUAGAAGAUGCUUUCUCCAAAUAUGGGCCGAUCAGAAAUAUCUGGAUUGCCCGUAAUCCUCCUGGUUUUGCAUUCAUUGAAUUUGAAGACCCAAGAGACGCUGAAGAUGCUGUCAGAGGACUAGACCGAACACGGUGCUGUGGAUCACGAAUAAUUGUAGAAAUGUCGAAUGGCCGAUCUCGAUUUCGUGGUGGUGGACCUCCCCGAAGGCGCUCUCCUGUUUACAGACGGUUGUACUACUUGUUUGUUCAACUAUCCAAAAAACUACAAUCUACCACCACUACCACAUACAACAUCCACCAUCUUCAUCACUCUCUACUAGCACUGCCUACCUAGGCACCAAGUCCGCCCCGGCCUUGGCCCAGUUGUAGUCCAUCUUUACGCGUUGACAAUGUUAUUAAAGCGUAAAGCUUUUACUUAAACCAUUCGGUUGCUUCUAAACCGUUUGCAUUUCUGGUUUUGAAACAGGUUUUUUACAAGUGCCUUGUUGAAAUGUUGCUUAGCCUUUAAAACAGAGCUCUGCAGCUUUUCUGUUAUGUCAUCUUUUCAUUCAAACGUAAGUGGAGAUUAUUCAAUUAUGAUUGAAUACAUAUUUUAGGGGGGCAUGGAAGAUGAAAACAGCCUGUGAUCAUAUAAUUACAAAAAGGUAAUUGUCUAUCUUUAGUCAUUUUCGAAGGUCCUACAUCUACUAAAUUCCGUAAAAUCGGUUGAAUAAUAGCAAUCAGUCCUAAAGUUGAUUCAAUUUUUUUUGCAGAAUAUGUUUUUAAAUCCGUCACAAAAGACAUAAAUUAAAUAAUCUCUGUCUCAAAUGACUGUAAAAAUCCUUUUUCACUGAUAUCCUGUUUAUCAAUUAUUGUAGUACUUGAAGCGUUGUUUGUGGCUUAAAUAGUAAAUACAGAGUAACCGUCAGCAGAAAAAUUUUGACAGCAAAAUCGACUUCAACAAGUCACCACCAACAUAAAAAGCAUCCUUUACAAACAUAUAAACAGUUUUAGAAAAACAUUGCUUAAAUUAAAAAUGAAGCUUGUACUGCACGGUUCACCGCUCUUACUUUAUAGUAAUUUUCAGGAAAUGAGAUCCUGUUAUUGUAUUAAACCAAGUCAGGAGGGGUAGCAAAAGAAAAAGUUUCCAUUAUUUUUACGAGUUUGCACUCAAGUUACUGAAGUGUACAAAGUCGCUCAGUUUCUGGUUUGAUUUCUCCUUUACCAUCUUAAUUGAGUCACAGUAAAGUCUCCAUAAAAAUAAAAUGAAAAAAAUUACUUAGUAAAGAAAAUUGUCAAGUAUUCAAAUUUUAAUUAUUAAUACGUCAACUAACAAGCGCACUUUUCACAUUAGCACAAAGAAAAGCUCAGAAAGUGAGAUUGAAUGGUUCGAAAAAUCUGUACUUAGGAGAUAUCUUAGGACCAAACAAUUGCUAAGAUGUUUAGAUCAAUCAAGGCAUCAAGAUUGCAAUUUUUUAGAGUAAGUCGUAUUUUAGGCUUGAGGAGAUUUUUUUCCUUCAAAAGACAUUCAGUUUCAUUAAAAUGCUUUGCGAUGAACAGUUGCCAAGUUAAUUAGUGAUUAGUGAACUGAAAUAUUUUGAAAACACUUGCCUGAAGCCUCACCUGUUUCAUCCUAAUUGGAUCAUAGGUUUCGAUCGUUAUAAACUUAUAUUGCAAAUAAAAAAAAAUACAACUGGUUUAUAAUAAACUAUCUCCAAAAUCCAGUCACUCAAGAAUUGCUAACUUACAGCACAAAAUUCCAUUAUGAACAGUGUUUUGUAAGUUUCAAAAACCAGAAAUGUAAUCGGGAGAGAAUCGUAAAGGUCGUGCCAUCGCUGCGCCUUCCAGUCACCGCAAUCAGCUCUCCGUUCACCUCUACUCAACCCUUCUGUCUACUGCCCCCUACUCAACUUGUCAUCUUGUUAAAUUAACACUACUCUUUAGCAUCUCCGUAGUCAUUCUCAAGAUCACCAAGACGAUACCGCUCGCUCAGUCGCUCCCGUUCUAGAUCUCGUGGACGUUCCUUUUCUCGCGAGCGCCGCUAGAACAACAAUCGAGGUUCAAGUUUGAAUCAUUGAUGUAUGGCAGAAAUAUACUUGAUGAUACAUGCAGCUCCACUUGUCUACUACACAGUGUAUGAAGGAAUCAUCUCCUUACUUUCUGAAGAGCCUAUCCAACUGGAAUUAUUGGAUUUAUUGCAUUUUAUGUAAAUACAUGCUUAGCUAGUUUUAUCAUUAGCCCUCUCCGUGGAAAACCAAUUCCUUUGAAAAAGGUUGCGUCGUUGACUAAUUGGUAAGGGAACUGUGUAACCCUCGUCAGAUUUAAAAAUUUUAGGUAAAUUCAGAAUUCUACUAUUUUAUGUGAGCUGCUUAUUUUAUCCCUCUUCCCCUCUGUUUUAAAUGACCGACUUGAAAAACAAACCUGACAUCAGUCAUAGUUCAGUUAAAGACUUCAAA